AGACUGCAGUUAAGUUUGUAUCUUCAGCUACUUGAUUUCCUUGUGUUUGUUUGAUGUGAAUAAAUUUUCCGGGAAAAUAGCCGGUCAUGAGAAACUCGUCCUUCAAGGAUUCACUCAAGACGCUCGAAGCUGAUAUUCAACACUCCAACACUCUGGCUUUGGAUUUUCCGAGGGAGAAAGAUGGAGCAAGACUUCAAAUGAGACUUUGCUACAGUCCGGCCGCCCAAUUUUUCCUUUUCCUUGUUCAAUGGACAGAUUGUCAUCUGGCCGGCGCCCUCGGUUUGCUCCGAGUACAGAUUUAUAUGACAUAUGCUGAUGGUAAGACCACCAUGUCCAUUUACGAUAGGAAAGCCAGCAUUAGAGAAUUCUAUGCGGUUAUAUUUCCUUCUUUGUUGCAACUUCAAAGAGGCAUCACUGAUUUGGAAGAUAGAAAACAGAAAGAAGCUUGUAGCAUGAGGUAUCGUAGGAAAGAUGAAUCCUGCUUCGAAAACGAGUGUGGGAUCUGCAUGGAGAUGAUGGACAUGGUUGUGUUGCCUAAUUGCAGCCACUCUAUGUGUUUGAAUUGUUAUCGAGAUUGGCGUGGCCGGUCUCAGUCAUGUCCGUUUUGUCGGGAUGGUCUCAAAAGGGUCAACUCAUGUGACCUUUGGGUUUGCAUAGAACAAAGUGAGAUCGCCGAUCUGUUAUCGAUCCUCAUAGAGAACCGUAAGAGGCUCUUCAUGUACAUCGACAGAUUGCCUCUCGUCAUCCCGGUAACCGUAUAUGCACCCUUUGAUGUUCAUGUCCGUUAGUGGACUUUUAAUACAUACAGGACACUAACUACCAGUAUACUUGCUAUUUUAAAGUGCAAAUU